AUGAGCUCAGCCGAAUCUUCUGAAGCCGAGAGUAAGGAAGCCAACUGUUCCACCCGUCUGGAGAUGAUGGUGAAGCCAAUGAGCAUUGAGUGUGGGCACAGCUACUGCCACUCUUGCAUUGUGCACAUGCUUGAGAAAACACAACGUGAGACAUCAUUAUCUCUGGAGACAGUUUACUGUCCUCUCUGCCGGGUACCAUUUCAGAAGGGGAGCAUACAUGCCAACAAUCAGCUGCAAUGUUUCUUUGAAACCAUCAAGAAUCACAAUAAUGAAUGGUCUUGUAGGAAACACCAUGAGGAGCUCCAUCUGUUCUGUGAGGAUGACGGGCAGCUCAUCUGUUGGUGCUGUGAGCGGACAUCACAGCACAAAGGGCACAACACAGCUCUUGUGGAGGAAGUGUAUACUGACUAUAAGGAAAAGCUCCAAGGUACUGUGAAAAAAUUGACAAAGGAGAAAACCCUAUGUAAAAGCAUGUAUGAGUACACAGAAAAUCAAAAAACUACGUGGAAGAACAAUGUAGCACAAGAGAGACGAAAAAUCCAGUCUGACUUUCAGAAUUUUCAUCUUUUCCUGCUUGAGGAAGAAAAGUCUUAUCUAAUGAGACUGGAAAAAGAACUUCAGGAAAUUCUUCAGAAACUGCAGGACAAACAAUCCAAACUGGAAAAAAAGAGUCACGAAUUAGAGAAACACAUCCUGGAAAUAAAGAGGAAAUGUCAAGGCUCAGCUCAUUAUUUAUUGAAGGAUGUGCAAAACAUUUUGAGGAGAAGCUCUUCUGUGAAGCUGGAAUUACCGGAGAAUGUCUCUUUGGAGGUUCAUACUGUGUGCGAUAUUACUAAGCUUCACUUUGAUGCAAACAAAUCUCAAAAAGAUUAUCAUUGUGAAAUAACCAAGUUGUGA